AUGAAUGACGAACACACUUAUGAAUGGGAAACCAUCACAGCAGAGCUAAACAUCAUAAAACCAGUGAAUGAGAUUGAAAUACAGGACGUGCUAGGCAAGAGUCUCGACAAACUGGAAAAAUGGGAAGCAUUCUACGAAAUGUAUGCGAAACGGAUGGGUUUCGGCACAAGGAAAGACGAUGUACGACGUUCUCAUGGGGUCAUUGUAAUGCGGAGGUGGGUUUGUUGUUCCGAGGGUUCGAAAAAAAUCGCAUCACCGGACACACCAAGAAAAAAAAGACCUCAUGAUGUCACUAGAACCGGAUGUCAGGCUGCAUUGCGUAUUUUACUCACACAACCGUGUAACACUUGGAAAUGCAAAGAGUUCAGCACAAUACACAAUCACGAGCUGGCUUCAUCAAGUGAGGUACAAUUUUUGAGAUCAUAUAGAGUUGUCUCCAAUGGGUUGCUUGCCCAAGUUAGGUUGAUGAACUUCGUAGGAAUUAAAACUGCCAACAUAAUGUCUCAUGUUGCUUUGCAAAGUGGAGGUUACGAGAAAAUGCCAUGUCAACUUCGAGAUGUGUACAACAGGGUUGCUGGUGCGAAGCGAGAAGAGAAGAUAGAGACGGACUCAGAAGGGGCUCUGGGAUUUCUUGAUUGUCUCGCAGAGAAGGAUCCUAAUUUCUUCGUUGUCUAUCAGGUUGACGACGAGAAUCGCUUGGCUAACUUAUUCUGGGCAGAUGGAAACUCACGCGUGGACUAUGUAGCUUUUGGGGAUGUACUAGGAUUUGACACAACCUACAUGACAAAUGAGUACAAUAAGCCCCUCACUGUUCUCAUUGGCGUCAACCACCAUUUCAACACAUGCAUUUUCGGAUUUGCUCUCCUCCUCCACGAGAAGCUUCCAUCAUAUUCUUGGCUACUUCAAAAAUUUCUAGAAUGCCAUGGAGAUAAGAAGCCAAAUGUUGUAGUUACUGACCAAGAUGCAGCCAUGAAACAGGCUAUCAUUGAACACAUGCCCGAUGUUACGCACCGUCUCUGCGCUUGGCAUCUCAAUACAAAUGCUUCGAAAAAGGUUAAAGAUCCGAUCUUCUUAAAAACAUUUAAGGAUCUCAUGUACAACUACUACGAGGAGGAAUAA